AUGGUCAGCAGUGACAGUCAAACAAGGGAUAUAAUGCAUGCUCGCACUGUUUACAUGAGCUCGAAGGUGAGGCCGUAUAAAAGAAAACACUUCGUCUCCGCGGGAUUGAUCUCCGUCAGGCUGCCCAACUCGCCGCGCGCCAUCGCCGCCGCCGCCCACCGCUCGCCGUCGCGCGCUCCGCCUCCGUUCGCCGUCGCGCGCUCGCGCUCGCCUCCGCCGCCGUCCGCGCGCCACGCCCGCGCCCGCCGCCGUCCGCGCGCCGUCCGCCCGCCGCCAUCUGCGCGCCCGCCGACGUCCGCCACCGUCCGCCGCGCCACGCCCGCGCCCGUGUCGCCGUGCACCGCGCCGCCCUCUCCUCCGCCCGCGUCGCCGUCCACCGCGCCGCCGUCGCCGUCCGCCGCGCGCCUCCUCUCCGCCGGCGCCAAGAAAUUGUUAGAUUUUUAG